AUUUUUUUUCUAUAUUUAACACUGUACAUAUGUACAAACAUUUAAUAUGACAUAGUGAAAAAGUUAUAUUUGUGAAAUAAACAGGGCCCUACUGUCAUCACGUCGAUGUUGAGUUUAAGUUCGGAAAAAAUCAAAGAAACGAGUGCGCGCUCUGCAAGAUCUGCAGCGACAGCCAUGGAGAUCGAGCUCUCACCCGUGCUCCUCCUCCUCCCCUUCCUCCUCCUCGGCUUCCUCUACCUCACCGGCGGCGUGCUCCGCUCCGGCGGGAACGCGCGGCGGCGUCUCGCUCCGGCUCCUCGGGGACUGCCCGUCAUCGGCAACCUGCACCAGGUGGGCGCGCUGCCUCACCGCGCCCUGCGCGCGCUCGCCGCGGCCACCGGCGCGCCUCACCUGCUGCGCCUCCGCCUCGGCCAUGUCACCGCGCUCGUGGCCUCGUCGCCGGCCGCCGCCGCCGCGGUCAUGCGCGAGCACGACCACGUGUUCGCGACGCGGCCCUACUUCCGCACGGCGGAGAUCCUCACCUACGGGUUCAAGGACCUCGUCUUCGCGCCCUACGGCGAGCACUGGCGCCACGCCCGCCGCCUCUGCUCCGAGCACGUCCUCAGCGCCGCCCGCUCCCACCGCUACGGCCCCAUGAGGGAGCAGGAGGUCGCGCUCCUCGUCAACGCCAUCAGGACCGAGGCGGCCGCGGCGGCGGUGGACGUGAGCAAGGCGCUGUACGCGUUCACCAACGCCGUGAUCUGCCGGGCGGUGUCCGGGAGGCUCUCCCGGGAGGACGAAGGGAGGAGCGAGCUGUUCCGGGAGCUCAUCGAGGAGAACGCGACGCUGCUCGGCGGGUUCUGCGUCGGCGACUACUUCCCGGCGCUGGCGUGGGCCGACGCGUUCCUCUCCGGGUUCGCCGCGAGGGCGUGCAGGAACCUCCGGCGGUGGGACGAGCUGCUCGAGGAGGUGAUCGCGGAGCACGAGGCGAGGCUACGCGGCGGAGACGAUGGCGGCGGCGAAGAGCACAGGGAGGAGGACUUCGUCGACGUGCUGCUCGCGCUGCAGGAGGAGAGCCAACGCCAUGAUGGGAGCUUCAAGCUCACGAGGGACAUCAUCAAGUCGCUCUUGCAGGACAUGUUCGCGGCGGGGACGGACACGUCGUUCAUCACGCUGGAGUGGGCCAUGUCGGAGCUCGUCAAGAACCCGGCGGCGAUGCGGAAGCUGCAGGACGAGGUGCGCCGCGGCGGCGGCGCGACCACCGCCGCCACGCCCUACCUCAAGGCCGUGGUGAAGGAGACGCUCCGGCUCCACCCGCCGGUGCCACUGCUCGUCCCGCGCGAGUGCGCGCGGGACACCGACGACGACGCCACCGUGCUGGGGUACCACGUCGCCGGGGGCACCCGCGUGUUCGUCAACGCGUGGGCCAUCCACCGCGACGCGGGCGCCUGGAGCUCGCCGGAGGAGUUCCGCCCGGAGAGGUUCUUGCCGGGGGGCGGCGAGGCGGAGGCGAUGGACCUGAGGGGCGGCCACUUCCAGCUCGUCCCGUUCGGCGCCGGGCGGCGCGUGUGCCCCGGGAUGCAGUUCGCGCUCGCCACCGUCGAGCUCGCGCUGGCCAGCCUGGUCCGCCUCUUCGACUGGGAGAUCCCGCCGCCCGGGGAGCUCGACAUGUCCGACGACCCGGGAUUCACCGUGCGGCGGCGGAUCCCUCUCCGGCUCGUCGCCAAGCCGGUCGGGUCAGAAGACGACAAGUAGCCGAAUAGUGUGAUCUGUGUGUUUUUUUUUUUUUUGUCUGGGAGACGGGAGACCGCGUGGACUGUGUUAAUUUAGGAAUAAAUAAAUAAUGGGCCGAAUCGCGCGUGUUAAUCGCUGGGAGCUUUUUGUCCAGCCCAUCUUGGUUCUAGUUUGCAAGUUCAUGUGUGUGCAGUAAUUUUGGCAGGAAUAAGUUCAUCAGAGUUCCCUUUAA